AUGACCAUGUCUUCCUCACGAACAAAGGACACCUUCAAGGACACCAAUACCAAUACCAACACCAACAACGACAACCCAAACCGUAAAACCCGAAGAAAGUCAAAAAGUCUCCGACUCUCCCAGAAACUCCGUGGCAUCGGCAAAGAGCUGCGAUUACGACGAGUUUCUGUCGACAACAACAACAACAACAACAACAACAACAACAACAACAACGGCAAACAACGACAACGAGAGUCGAUAGUACAGGAAUCGUCACCACAGGAGGACGGGGAGUAUAGGAUUGUUCAUACACCCGAUCGACCAACGCGGUUCGUAUCGCCGAUCGAGGCGCCGACCGAAGACGAUUGUUACGAGGCAAUUAGAAGUUGGCAGAGGGGUGCUGCUCAACAACAGCAGCAGAGUGUAGGAGGAGAAGAACGAACGGACACAGAGGAAGGACGAAGAGGAAGAGGGACCGACGACGACGAUAACGACCGAAGUAGUGGUGGCCCUUUUGUCCCUGAACCCAGAGACGAUGAUGAUCUCAAGACUCCGAAGGAUGGGAAGGAUGGGACGAAGUGGUGGGAAUUACAAGAUGUCUUUGGGGCUGGGGCUGAGGGGUAUACGUCGGAGAUGGGAAUGGGAGCACAAGAGGUGGGAUUGGGAGGUGGGAUGAAUCCUUUUCACUUCACAGCCCUGCUACCCAAGACAUACAACGCGAACGAGUCUGGCAGCAAGAACGAUGGCUUCAACGGAGCCAAUACAAACUACUACAGUCAACCUACCCAAGAAGAGUACACGCCGUCUGUUUAUAGUCCACAGUAUUCGCCAUCAAGAUCUCAAAGCCCAAAAAUCCCAGGGGCAGUUACUCCCACACCCGAGAUGUUUCCUAAGACACCUACGGGGACUACUACUUCCGGAAGUCAAGUACCGGUGCCAGUAACCAAACCUCCAACCGCAGCUCCAGCUCCAGAGCCAUUACUUGGUACUUCUACCCAGAAUACUCAACCCAGCUGUACUCGCACUAUUCUCGACAUCGACAAUGAACCCCUUUCCGAUGCACCGCCAGGAGGCCGCUACUUUGACGUAGACGAGGAGUACUCUACCAGCAGCACCAGCAACGGAAAACCGUCGAUGGAUAAUACAGGUAAUAGUGGAAGGGAAUUUCAGACUCUCUCACCAAAUUUCACCAUCUUGAACCAGACACAAGCGCAGACACAGACACAGACGCAAACACUACACUCUGAACUUCUGAAGCUUGUAUAUAAGCAAAGUCAGGAACAAGAACGAAAGGGAAGCGGACAGAGCGGAGAAAGCGGAAACAGUGCUUUUUAUAGCGCGUUUACGUCCACUUCUUCGAGGGCGGGGACGCCUGAUGUUAGACCCCCUUCGAGACGGGGAGAGGAACCACAACAGUCACAACCAGUCUCAAGUCUAAGAUUUACAGGAACUGGAAAAUUAAAAGGAACAGACACAGGGACAGGAACAGAAACGAAAGCGGGAUCAGGUGCAGGAUCACAAACACCAGCAACUCCCCACCCAAACCCAAGCCCAAAACCAAGCCCAAAACCAAAGCCAAAGCAAACCCAACCCCAACCCAAGAUAUCAAAACCACCAAUGACACCACCCCGCGGUUUUCUGAAAGAUAGAAGACCGUAUGUUUCUCCUUCCGGUACUUCCUCUUCUAAGCCUCUACCACAAGUACCGCCAAAGACUCCUGAAAAACAGCCAAUGUUCUUACUCAACGGUCUCGAUUUCAUUCCGAGUAGACCUGUUCCUCCUAUUCCCAAUCAAACUCCCCUGAAGCCAAGGGUAAAGAUGGGAACAGCGCUGGGACCGACGUUGGGAGCAGGAAGGCAAGCAGGAUAUCCCGAUUUUAAGCCAUCAAGACCAGUUCCUACUCCCACUCCUACUUCCACGAAGCCAAAGAAUAAUUCUAUGGUGAGUUCAGGGAUGGGAGGGAUGGGAGAAACCAGAGGGCAAAUGGGAGAACACAUGGGAGGACAUAUCGCCGGGACAAUGAGCAUAUCAUCACUCUCAUCGCUUACCUCACUUACAGGAAGUGGAGGGUCAGUAACGCCGUCUCAGGUUUCUCCUCCGAAGAUGAAGCCGAAGAUUGUUUUUCCUGCUCCUCAUCCUGCUCCUCCCCGUCCUGCUAGUGGUGGUGCUGGUGCUGUUGCUGCUCCAGCUCCUUCGUCUUUUCCAUCCGGAGAGGGAGAGGGAGAAGGAGGCGGGUUGUUUACCCUGCCGGCGACGGUGUAUAGUGGUAAUAAGAGCAAGGCUAAGAUGCCGGUUGUUGUGUCUAUCCAGAGCAAGAGCCAGAAUCGGAGCCAGAACAAGCGGCAGGAACAAACACAAACCCAGCAAACCUCCUCUGACUUCUCCCAAUAUUUCCACCCAGGGGCAAGAAUAAGUGAUCCCUUCAUUGACCCCCCAAUGACGACGACGACGACGACGACGACGACGAGCGACGUGGAUACCUACAGGUAUAGCAUGCUUGAUGAUGAUGACGAUAGCAGGUUUUCCGUGGCAAUGGUUAAUGGGGUAUAUAACCCAGGGCAGGCUCAUGCUUGGAAAGAGACGAUGUCAGUGAUGGGUCAAAUUGGGAUGCAGAAACAGGAACGGGGGAUGGAAAGGCAGAUGCAGAUGCAAAUGCAGAAACCGAAAUUGAUUCGGGUGCAGAGUCAGAAACAGCGGAGAGAGGCGAGAGAGAGAGUUCAGGGGAAAGAGGGGGAGGGGGAGGGGAAGGGGCAGAUGCAAGUACAUGGAGAGAUCCCUCAACAGACUCAGGCACAGUUAUUACAACAAGAGGAGGCCCAGAGAGAGAUCAACUCAAAGACUUCUUCUCGUCAAACUCCUCUUCCUCUUCCUCCUCAAGCCUACCAACCCCGGUCGACACCACCACCCCAAACUCCAUCUCCUCGGUAUCUUGUGUUCCCACCCCAACAACCACAACCACAACCCCCAUUACGCUCUCAACCUCAAUCUCAGACCCAGAAACUACAACCCGCACCCGUACCUGUACCAUCUCCCUCACCCCAUCCCUCUCCAUCCGUCUCUCUCCUCAAGCUCAUCUACCCCGGAGGUCCUUUUCCCCAGUAUCAUCAUGAUAUCACCCCUACUCUUUCCCAAAAUAUCUCUACAACCUCUCCACUUCCUCAAACCCCUCCAUCUCACUCUCGUCUUCAUCAAAGCCCAACUCAAACCCUCACUCAAAACCUCACUCCUCCUCGCCAGGAUCAAAUCCACCCUUCAUUCCGCAAACAAAGUACGCCAAGCUUGGAUGAAAACAUUGGCUCUGAAGAGAAACAGAAACAGAAACAGCAGAAUGCUGCCGUGGGACAACAACAAAGACCGAUAUCCGUAAGCAGUAUUUCCUCCGACUCCAGUUACGAAAGUCUCAAGUUUUGGGAGACUAAGGGGAAGAUGGGUAAGGGUAUGGAGACGGGUGUCAGGGCGGGUAUGAAAACAAGUUCAAAUACCCAGAGGCAUGUUGUUACUGGGCAACGAGAGCGGUUUGCUUUUAGUGACAGCGAUGAUGACGACGAUGAUGGUAUGAACAGGAAAGAGAAAGUGAAAGAGAGAAGAGGGGAUGAAGGGCAUGGUGAUGAGUUGGAGACUAAGACUGGCGUCCAGAGUGGGAGUGGAAAUGGAAAGAGUGUGGUCAAUGCGGAUGAUUACGAGCAUCUUAUUGAUCAGUAUGCUGGGGGGUGGAGGGAGACUAUGUUCUUUGGGGAGCUGGAGGAGUAA